AUGUUGGGAUGUCGACCUAGCGCUUUUCCUUUUGAUCAAGGCACUAACCUCGACAAAGGUGAAGAAGAUGCUCGUAUAGAUGCCACUCAAUAUCGGCGGCUAGUAGGGAGGCUGUUGUACUUACAAGCCACUAGACCCGAUAUCACAUAUUCAGUUAAUGUUCUAAGCCAGUUUGUUGCGGACCCAAGACGCAAUCACAUGGAAGCUGCCAAUCGAGUUCUUCGGUAUUUGAAAGGCACACCGGGUCAAGGCAUCCUUCUCCCUCGUGAAGGACCUUUAACUUUGACCGCUUAUUGUGACUCAGAUUGGCUUGGGUGCCCGUACACAAGACGUUCAAGAACCGGGUAUUUGCUUCUCUUAGGUGGUGGUGCUAUUUCUUGGAAAACAAAGAAACAAUCGGCUGUCUCCCGCUCCUCAGCUGAAGCGGAAUACAGAGCCAUGGCUUCCACGGUUAGUGAAAUCCUUUGGGUGAGAUGGCUUCUCAAAGAUUUCCAAGUCAAUAUUACGGCUGCUACACCUUUGUUUUGUGACAACCAAGCUGCUCGUCACAUUGCAAACAAUCCUGUUUUUCAUGAGCGUACAAAGCAUGUUGAAAUGGACUGUUACUUUGUUCAUGAACGUGUGGAUUCGCAGGAAAUUAUUCCUAUGCAAAUUGAUAGUAAACUACAGAUCGCAGAUUUACUCACUAAGGGGCUCGGUACUCAACAACUCAAUUCACUUCUUAACAAGAUGGGCAUUAAGGAUCUACAUGCUCCAUCUUGA